GUAGAAAUGGAUGGAACUGUCGAUGAUCUUCCUCCCAACGGUAAAGAGGAAAUUUAUCCAGUGGUAACCAACACGGACUCAAAGCGCGGUAAUUGUGAAUGAUUUUCAAUAGAGGCUUCAACUCCCUCUUUUCCUUUUCAGAGGCUAUUCUUGUUGUAUUUGACAAGAUGAUGUGUCCAUUGGGUGGGGCAUUUAAACUUUAUGGUUUUUAAUAAAAGGGAUUUAACACCUAAAGGGAGAGAGAGAGAGAAGUAGCAAGAAAUAUGCGCGUUACCUCUGUUACGGGUUGUUGAUGCCACGAUUCACUCAAACGAAAAUAAAUUCUUUUCCCGAAAAUGUUUAAAAGAAAAGUCUUAUUUUAUAGUAAUAUGGUUGCUGCAAACAUCAAACAAGAUUUUGAGCAUUAAGAAACCACUUUAGAUAGUCGUCCUUUUUACACUCAAUGUGUGCGAUUAAGUCCAAGCUUCAAAUAAAAAUAAAUGAAUAUGCUCCUCUUCUGCCCCCCCUGGCCUCCCCGCUCCUGCUCCCCAUCACAUGAAACAUAUGUUCUUAUUAUCCGAUGAACCUACAUGGAUGCUAGGCGCAGACUUGAUGCAUCUUUUUUUCCAUCAAUUUUUUUCACCUAAUCAGCUUGCUCAUAGGUCUGACUAAUCUUUUGAAGAGGUGUGAGCUUUUGCGUUAGGGAAGAUCAGGAGGAGGGGAGGGGUUCUCCGUGAAAAAUCAAUAUAAAAAUAACAUUAGCAUAGAAUAUUGAACAUAACUUGAUUUUUCUUGUGAUUUCGCAGCUGUUCCAGACCUAAUCGUGAAUGAUGAUAAGCCGGCUGUUGAUGGCGAGAGUGAAACAUUCCCAGAUACGACCUACGUCGAACGAGGUAGUAUAUACAUCAGUAUAUUUUUCCGUAUACACACUGUAUAAUGCUUCAUUACACAGCCUUAUAUUCGACAUUUUAUGCAAUUUCCACUAAUGCCGGCCAAUUUUACAGAACGUAAGAAAAUAACUUAAACUAAGAAUCUAAGAUGAAGACUGCUUAUUGGUGGAUAAAGACCUAAGCUCAAAUACUAGCAGCUGUCUGGAAAACGAGCAUGAACUGCCCUUUGUAUUCUUUUGCCAAAAAGUGAUCCCCUUCCUCUCCCCAUGAAAACUAUGUGAUAAACCAAAAUCCUCCGACUCCCCCCCCCGACCCCUGUAUUAAAUGUUUUCUUAACUUAAAACUGACCUGAUCCUUCCACAAACCUCUGUGAUAUUCUAUGACCCCCUCCCCCUCCCCCAUAUUGACGGGAAUCAGUUUUCCGUGGUCCCCCCUUUGUACUCUUUUGCCCACAACUGCUUCCCCUCUUCUCCCUCUGAAAACCCUGUGAUAAACCAAAGUCUUCUGAUCCUCCCUCCCCUCCUGUAUUGACGGGAAUCAAUUUUCUAUAGUCCCCCCUUUGUACUCUUUUGGCGACAACUGCCCCCCUCCUCUCCAAAAUCCUCCGACCCCUCUCCCCAAAGCGAUAAGUUAUGACAGUUGCCUUACCCCUAUGCUUAUGUCACCCAACGUUCUUCAUCAGAAUCGAAUGAAAACGAUGAAACGGUUGAAGAUCCACCACCCGAUCGUGUACAUUAUCCUGCGGCAAUAAAUGAAGAUUCAAAACGCAGUAAGUAUAAGGAUGGCGAUCUCAUAAUUAGCUACAAUAUGUUUUCAUUUCCCUCCAUCUGGCAGAAACGGGGGAGGGUUAUAACUGUAACCACGCUAAAGAUUCGUGAUGGCCAUUGAGGUUAAAAUUCCUAAAGGAAAACCAAGCGUUCGCUUGUAAAGUUAAUAUCCGAAGUGCAAGCCCGAGUCAUUUCGGUCAGACAAAAUGUUUUCUUAAUUUAAAACUGACCUGAUCCUUCCAUAAAGCUCUGUAAUAUUCUAUGACCCCCCCCCCCAUAUUGAGGGGAAUCAGUUUUUCGUGGUCCCCCCUUUGUACUCUUUUGCCCACAACUGCUUCCCCCCCUCUCCCUCUGAAAACCCUGUGAUAAACCAAAGUCUUCUGAUCCUCCCUCCCCUCCUGUAUUGACGGGAAUCAAUUUUCUAUAGUCCCAACUUUAUACUCUUUUGCCCAAAACUGCCCCCUCCUCUCCCUCUGAAAACCAUGUCAUACACCAAAAUCCUCCGACCCCCCUCCCCCAAGGCGAUAAGUUAUGACAGUUGCCUCACCCCUAAGUUUAUUUCACCCAACGUUCUUCAUCAGAAUCGGAUGAAAACGAUGAAACGGUUGAAGAUCCACCACCCGAUCGUGUACAUUAUCCUGCGGCAAUAAAUGAAGAUUCAAAACGCAGUAAGUAUAAGGAUGGCGAUCUCAUAAUUAGCUACAAUAUGUUUUCAUUUCCCUCCAUCUGGCAGGAACGGGGGAUGGUUAUAACUGUAACCACGCUAAAGAUUCGUGAUGGCCAUUGAGGUUAAAAAUUCUUAAGGGAAAACCAAGCGUUCGUUUGUAAAGUUAAUAUCCGAAGUGCAAGCCCGAGUCAUUCCGGUCAGACAAAAUGUGUCCUUAAGUUAAAAUUUACCUGAUCCUCCCAUAAAGCUCUGUAAAGCGAUGAAACGGUUGAAGAUCCACCACCCGAUGGUGUACAAUAUCUUGCAGCUACAAAUAAAGAUUGAAAACACAGUAAGUAUAAGGAUGGUGACCUCCUCAAGUUUUAUAUUAUGUCUUUAUGCCUCUCCUUCUUACAUGAGGGGCGGGGAGGGUUGAUAUUUCUAACUCCCGCUUAAGAUUCACGAUGGCGGUUCAGGCCGGGUUAACAAUUUGAAAAGAGAUACUAAGCGUUCUUUGGCCAAGUUUAUGCCUGAAGAGCAAGUACGGGCCAUUUCUCCCAGACAAAAUGUGUUCUUAAGUUUUGUGGCCGAUUUAUGUCGCUCUUCCUUUGAGUAAUUUCAAAAGAAGUUUUGAAUAGGAUCUUGACAGGGAAAAAGCACUAAUUACUAGGUGCGACUCAGUAGCGUCCCGGUUAUUUCGCCCCAAAGUUAUAUCGUCCCCAGUCACAUCGCUCUAACGAGAGUCAAGAGAUGUCAAAAUUAUUUUCGUGUGUGCAAUCAAGAUUUGGCAUGCCUUUGAAUAUGAAAUGUACGACGUGUGGCUUCGAUGUUUUAAGGACUUGUUCUGCCAGCAAGUGUUGUAUCAGAAUGAUACUCUCAAGCCGAUAAAUUGGCUGGAUAGUGCAUUCACAACGUUUGAGGAAGUUACGUGUUAAUCCUUUCGGGUUACAAAGAGCUAACAUAACAAAUCUUUUGGAAUUCUUCUUUUGCUCAGCUUUACUUCCCUUUGACGGAAACAAGAAAAUCCGGAAUAAAAGAGGGGCAGUAAUGAGUUCAAAUUAUCUCUGGAAAGCUACCACAGACGCAAGUGGAAAACGCAUCGUCAAGAUCACCUACAGUUACCGUGGCUGUAAGACAAAUAAUUAAUUCCUAAUUACAGAUAGAUAUAUAAGAUAUAUAAUCCGAAACAUUAACGUACAGCUAAAUGUAGCUCAAUGUAGACCACAAGCAUUAACACAGUGGUUUCCACCUGAUCGCUAAGAGCUGUCUGUGAGUGCAGAGUUAGUUUGAAAACACAAUUGAUUAUAAGUCGAUCCAUUUCAUGUUUAGUCCACUUUCUCGCCUCCCCUGUCUCCUUUGUUCUCUUAUACCGUCAUUCUCCAGCCCUGAGCCAUGUCAACACAGAUCUACAUGAACACUAAAUGUUGUAUUUCUAAUCGUUUUAUGGUUCAGAAAAACGUCAAGUUAAAUGGAGUGUAACAUUAACUCUCGCCUACGCCGGAAAUAUAUCUAGAAAUUGCGGUAAAUAAAACUUGUAAGAAGGUUUGAAUCAAGUUGCCAUAACAUCGCAAAAAUGAAGGUGACUCUGACCCUAACCUGCAUUUUCUUUAAACAACAACUGAAAAAGGCAAUCUUUAUCUUUUGAUAUAAAACUGAUAAUCAUUGACGGAUUCACCGAACUGAAUCAGGGGUCUUCAUACUUAAUAGGCUUAAUAAUAUAAAUAAGAAAAAUUACGUGCAUCUGAUCGGAUGAAAACGAAUGCAUUUUUCAUGUAACACGAGCAAAGUUGUAACACGUAUGCAAAUUUUUAACACGAAUGCAAAUUUUUAACUCGAGUGCAAAUUACAAAUGGCGCACGGGCGUUGUCAAAAUUCCGUCAGUCUUGACUUUCUUCAAUGCUUUCUCCAUGUAAAUCGUGAACACGUAACAACAUGAGUUAUUGUGCAAUUUGUUGUAAGUAAGCACUUGUAAAUUUUUCCAAGACUACAAACUGCACCCGCCUAACGGGUUCGUGCAAUUUUGUUGUCUUUGAAAUAUUUACACGUGCUUAUAACGACAAAUUGCCCGUGAAAUCAUGUCAUUACCUAUAGUAAGUGUUGCUAUGCUGAUUGAGAAAAAAAUGCUAUUAUUGCCCAUUCUUGACUUGGAAUUCGUGUGAUACAUUUAAGCUUCAAAACAUAAUUUUAGACAUUAUUGAUCCAUCAAACAACAGCUUAUAAAAGAAAAAAAAAGCUAACCAAAAUUCUUGUUUCCAUCUUAAGCUCCACCCGCUGCCGUAAGGAAAUGGGUGGGAGACGUAACCAGUCAGUUGGAACGAGACACAUGUCUCCGUUUUCAAGAGACAGCAGAUAACGGCCACGUACAGAUUUACACAAAUAACAAUGACGGGUAACCUAAAAAUGUCAUCUUUAAAUUAUCUGUCGUCGCCGACUUCAGUGGCAUCUCCAAACCUAACAUGCGUAUUGUAAUUACUUUUUCAGCUGUUACACUGACAUAGGGUACCGCACCAAGCCUCAAAAGUUGAAUUUGGGAACAGGUUGUGAGUACAUGGGGAUUGUAAGUCACGAGUGGAUGCACCUUUUAGGAUUCUAUCACGAAUUUACCAGAGAAGAUCGCGACAAUUAUAUUACCGUUUACAAAGACAAUCUUCAGGAAGGUAGGAUAUAAAUGUCCUUAUUAUGAUAAAAUAGGAAAUGUUGACAGUCAAAGAGGAAAGGCACAACCUGACUGCGUGUUACAUAAAGGAAAUGAAUCCUCUCUAACUCCUGCAAAUCUGGUCUGGCGCUAUAUCUUCCUGUGAUAUUUCGCGAUAGCUAAACUUUCUAUCCUCUCAAUGUAACAUUGAACUUUUAUCAAGCCCCCAAACCUUUGCCCCCACCAAAGUCCUCGUAGGAGCUAUGUAAAAUCAAUGAAAUCAUCUAUGCUUGUUUUCCGAAUUCGUCGAUGUUCACACUUGUUUUUUAUACAGGUAUAUAUGAUACGGAGUUCAAAAAACGACGUCAGAAUAACCUAGACGUCUCUUACGACCUUAACAGCGUCAUGCAGUACGAUACAAACACCUUUAGCAAAAACGGAAAACACACUAUGGAGGCGAAGUCUAAUCCAAACCGUAAACUUGGGUCGACUUCGCACUUCGAUGCCAACGAUUUGAAAAAAAUCGACAAACUUUACUGCAACGGGGGGAAAAAAUGUGAGUGAAACUUAGUCAUGACAAGUGUGGUAACCACACUUGGUUCCAUUUUGAAUUUUUUGUGUAGACUUUACCUUAUAUCUAACACUUGCACCACGGUCUAGUUUGAAAUCUGCUAAUCAUUUUCGAGGCGAGCUUGAGUAUAGUUACUUGUAACAAAAAAUUGUUGCUUUCACAGUCAAAGAUCACAAAUUCCACCUGAAAACCGGAACUGGCUGGGGAUCUGGAACUGAUGCAGAACUUUGUUUACAACUGAUUGGCACCAAAGGGGUGACAAGCUUUAGGGCUCUCACAUCUGGAGGGUGGAUCCAGGAUGAAAAGGAACGGGGAGCGUAAGAAACAAUGUUAUUCAUCUCCUCUUUUUAAAGGAGAGGUAUGCUCCAGAAACCAUGUCCUUUUAAUCUCCACCGCUACAAAGAAUACAUGAAACCAUGGCACUGACAGUGUUUUGAGAUUCCAAAGAGUGAUUUGGCCUUCCGAAAAAUGAUUUAAAUGAGCUAAGAAUUGAAGAACGAGCAGCGUCAUUUUGAACCGGUCGUGAUCUUUUUUUCAUCCUUGAGCGUUUUUCCGUUCCUUGUAACAUGAGCUAUACAGAAAAGUGAUCUUCAUUUCAAAAAAAAUUAUUUCAGCGAUAACCAAAGCAAUGGCUAUUGGUAAACCACGCGUGGUGGGUUCCAUCAUUCGAGCUGACUUCAUGCCGGCGUUGCUCGCUAACCAGUAAAUAUCUUAACAUACCCUUUUUAAGUAAUGAGAGUACUAAAAAUUAUAUGGUUUCUGGAUUAUAAUUCUCCUGUAAGGAGCUAAGUAAACAGUAUCGGCUCUUGGAAAAAAAACGUAGGUUUCUUUCAACGUUUUUUCUGAUAACCAUUUACGCUCUUGAAUGCAGAGAGGCACAAUAAGGUAUCUGUCAACUUUUCUAGGAUUUAAAAUAUCUGAGAGGUAAUUGGUAGCUCUACAGUGACUAAUCUUUCCUGACCCUUUUGAUCCAGAGGUCAGUGCAAAAAAGGGUCAUACCCUCUCUCUUCGACUAAGAGAGAAAAAGAAGUAAUCUAUGGAUGUAAUUUUUCCUUUUUCAGUGACGAAGAGUACAAUAUGCCAUUUAAAGAUGUGGGAGAAAUAACGAAAGUGAAGGUACGCCUAGUGGAGGAGGGUCAAAGAUGCCCGAGUGACACAAGGAAGAAGAAGAAAAAAAGGUUCUUUAGCUUCGCAGGAUAUACUCUAGGAAACGUAAGUAGCUGAUUCAGAAUGACAGGAAGCAGAAAUGUGAGAACAGCGGGCAAUUUCCCUCACUUUAGGCAAAAAAUUGACACUUUGCCGUAAAUCAACCUGAGAGGAACGACAUUUGGAUUAUGGCCUUUUCAGGGGAUCCAUUUCCCCAUUCUCUCAAGCUCUUCUUUCUUCAAUUAAUUCCCCUUUCAAUAAACUUGAUAAGUUGGUCAACACAUGAUAAACAAUUUCCUUGGACAACCACAUUAGCCUGACAAUUUUUGUUGUUAGCCUGCUGUUUACACGUGACGAAACGUUUUGGUCAUAUUUACGGUAUGUUCGGAGACAGCGGAAUAUCAGCCAUACUUGUGGACGUUGGCAACCGUGGUAGUUUAACUCUUUUCUAACCCUAUUCUUUUAUUCCUAACCUGAUUGUAACUGUUUUAUUCCGGUCACCGCCAAAUCCUAAUUCUACAAAUAUUGCCCUGCAUACUAGCCCGUCUGAGAGCAAACAAAAACUUUACACGGCCGGUUCUGAACCGCUGUCUUACGUCCUCGUUCAGAAAUGACUUAAGGAGAUUUAGUUUCGAUAUCUAUUUACAAAAGAUUAUAACGGCCUUGUAUCCGCGAUACCCUCGCCCCGAUUAAUAUCACUUCUUUCUCGACAGAAUACUUAUCUGAGAGUCAAUUUUAACACCUUUUUUUCAUCUAAGGAUGACUCCUAAUGUAUUUUCAUUCUGUAGCUGGAAGUGGAUGGGACCUCGUAUGGGGGAAACAUCGAUUUGGACCCGGGAGACGAGAAGACACUUGGCCGCCAGUGAAGAACCGUCACACGAUGAAACAAAACUAUUCCACAUAAACGGGUGAAGUUUUCAACUGACUCUAUGGACACCAGACAAUUAACCCUCACAACUUCUUAACCGGGAAGGGAGAAACUACGUAGAAACUUUUAUGUAGAAUGUGCCUCUCAAGUCUCUAAAUUUAAAAGUUUGCUCUUUCAAAAAAAGAUACUAGUACCUCUUUCUGAACUGAUCAGAUAUUCCUUUGGUUCGUAGCGACUGAUUAGGCACAUAGAGUGAACAAAGAUUUAACUUACAGUUUGCCAGACAUAUUUGUUUACCUUGAACAGAUGAAAUUCCUCUUAUUUAUGGACUAUAUUAAGCUUUUAAGCUUUUGCACCACAACUCAGAGGAAACGCCCUCUAAGCACCCAUUGGUGACGAGGCCGCUCACAACUUAAACCUUGUCAGACAACAUACAUACCCGUGUGUAGCAUGAAAAGUUUACAUGGAUUGAUGAUUUUUUGUUUGUUUGUCAAGAAAAAAGUGUUGUAGUUUUAUAUGACCGACAUCUCUGCCACGGAACUAUUUUAAAGCGAUUUCUGUUCAAAGAGCAAAACAUGGACAAUGAAGGAGACGAAAAAUCUUAAACUUUCAGUACUCACCAAAUAACAAUGUUCCUUGCCCAUCUUUCCCCCUGACUUUGGCAAACUUGAGGAAAAUUUUUAUGCUAGACAAGUUCUUAUGCAUACAGAUGCCCCCUUUAACUAACUAGAUUUCUUUAUCAAGUAGAGAACGUAUCAACAACAAUUCUUUCGAUCCACCAACACAUUCUAAGAAAUUGAAAUCUCGGACUUUUAGCCUGUUCAGGUUAAGAGAGGGCGCGUUAAGCUUAAACGGUUUGAUUUAUCUUUAACUUUGACUUAAACCAUAGUGGACGAUUUCAGUUUCUCUUAGUUUUCUAUUUAUCUCCCUCUCUUAAGGACAUCACGAAGGACGAUAGAUCACUUCUGCUCUUACAUUUUUUACGGAUUGCGUUAUGCAACCAAUUGCUUGUCACUCUCAAGAUUCGCUUUUAAUCAAGAGCAUUGCGUCACAAAUCAUUUGUGACGCAAUGCUCUUUAUUAAAAGCAAGUUGUAGUCAAGAGCUGGAAAGUGCUUGAAACAGCGAUGACGGAAAAACUUUCUUGACCAACAUACUGCCCGACAGAAUGACACGUAGAUGUGGAAUACUGUAAAACAAUGGACCGGACCCGUCUAGCGUCAAUUAAGCGUGUAGUUUAGUGAAAACAUAGAGAUGAAAAAGGGCUUAAUGAUCUGCUAUAAAAGAUCAUACCCGAAGCUCUUCGUGUAGCAAAAAUAAAUGAGC